AUGCCUAGUGACACGCGCCCUACACAACUUGGAAGUGACCACCUCAUCGAUUCAGAACUUUUACGACAAUUGAAUGCCAAAAAAGAAGUGCUCGUGAACGCGUAUGAACAAAUCGCUCAAGCACUUAGAUUUGCCGCCAAAACUUGUGAUGAAUUUCAAGCACUUAUCCCUAGAGACGUUGGAAUAAUUCCCAGUGAUACUAACACAAGUGCCCCUUCAUCUGUGGGACAUUCAUCAAGAAAGUUCAAGAAACCACAAAACAAGGAUCCUAAUGCACCCAAGAGGCCAAAUACUGCCUACAUUCUAUUUAGCAAUGAAAUUCGUGCGGAAACGAAGGUUGAUAAUCCACAUGCUAAUCAAAAAGAGAUUGUUACCCUCAUUGGUAAAAAGUGGAAGGCGCUGUCUCGCGAACAAAAGAAGGUUUACGAAGACCGUUAUUUUGCCGACAAAGAACGAUAUGAUGAAGAGCUUCGUUUAUAUCGUGCAACACACGGACAAGUAGACUCACCGCCUGAAACCUCUUCCGAAGAUAACGUUGAUCACAGCAUCGUAUCAGGUGCAGCAUCUUCUUCCAAACAAGCAACCACACCUAUACCUACGACAGAAAAUCCUGUUGCAUCAGGUAGUAUUUCAGUACCACCCCCAGAUGCAGAAACUAAUGCAUUGAUGGAUACGCUGACCGAUGCCUUCUUAACAGAUGCCGCAGAUCCAAAUGUUUUUACAUCAAAUACUGAAAUCGAUCAACCCGAGACAUCGACAUCGACAAGUUCAAAAAAACGUGCCCCACCCGAAAUAGACACGGAAGAUAACUCGAAGAAAGAUAAUGAUGCACCGGCCUCGAAAAGAACGCGAGCAGCAUCCCGAAAAGCCAUGGAAACCGAAGACGUUUUUAAUCCUCCCAAUGAUCUUGAAAAUACCGCCGUUGAACAACCAAGUAAUACUUCAAAUACUUCAAAAAGGACAACAAGAGCCAGAAGAUCCGCCGCUAAUAAUGGAUCAGCAACAACACAAUCCAAAGCUGGUACUCCUGGUACUCCUAAUGUUCGUACUAGACGUGGUGGCAAAGUCUAG